UUUAUAUUGUUAUAAUGACUUUACGAUCGUUUUUUAAAGAAUAUUGUCGACCAUUCUAUUGCAUUUGGUAUGGCAAGAGAAAAAAUACUUGGAAGAAGACCAGGUACAGUAGCAGUAUUUUAAUGGGGAUGCUGUGUGCCUGGUUAAUGUGCAAAUGUAUGUUUGCAUCAAUAAUCAUUUCAAAGAAAUAUGAAAAUUCAAUGCUAUUGAUAACAAUAUCAGUUAUAGCCGGUAGUUACGUUCUUACCGAUACUAUGAAAUGCGUUAUUCUAAUGAUGUUCAUAUCGUUAUUGGGAAAAUCAGGACGAAGUUACAUGAGGGCAUUGUGCUUUGCCUUUGUUAUAGCAGGUCCUAUCGAAAAUUUAUCUUCAAAUACUGGUGAGAUUGUACGAGCUUUCUCCUGUUCGAAAAUAUUAGCUAUUAAUUUAACACGUACCCGUUUCGAUUUGAUGACAAAACCAUUCCAGAAAACUAUGGUACACAUGAAAGAAGAUAUUAAGGAGGUGCAAAAUACAUUUAAUGAACUCAAGGACGUUACAGAUAUCUUACAUGAAGAAGUAAUGUUUGAUGAUCUAGAAACAAAUGUAAAUGUCUCCGUAGCAAAUAAUAUGACCUCAGACGAAAACAUUCGAUAUAGAGACCACCAUACCGAGUCUUAUGUAUCUAACCAAGACCAUUUAAAACGUACAGUUAAUUCUGAAUACGUUGAAACCCGAUAUAAGAAUAAAUUCAGACUGCGUUGUCGUAAACAGUUGGACAGUGGCAAAGCUCGCUGUAGAAAAGCAUUUAAUAAUGCUCUAGAAAAAUGCUACGAAAAAAUGCCAUUUAUUAUUAGGACAUUGAUAUGUUGGCCAUUUAAAGUGGAUUUUAUAUGCAAAAUCAAUAUAUUGGGUAAUCCUGAAAAGAUCUGCGAUCCAUCCGAUGCUGUGCCAGAAAAUUUUGGAGAAACUUAUGUUGAAUUGGUUGCGACUGAAAAUAAACUUGACGAAGAUAGUUCCAGUGUCAAAGUUAACUACACAAUUUUGAGUCCCGAAGCAAUGCCUGGAGUGAAAUCGGCUGAGGAAACUGCUAAAAAUGUGGCAAACGAAUUUAAAAUUAGAAAACAAAUUUUUGAUUCAAUUCUUAAAAUAUUGCAACAAUUUUUAGGAUUUAUGAUUUUUAAAAUUCUUUACGCAUGUGUUAAAUAUCAUAAGAUGUACAAAGUGGAUCUUGAUCAUGACAAUAUUUAUGUAACGGAUUAUUUUAAACAUUUGGAUCUGAGGAGAAAAUCACUAGGAAAGCAAUCGUUAUUGCCAUUCAAAAAGUAUGAAAGUAGAAAACUUAUUGAUGCUGAUCAUUCGUGGCAGCGAACACAAGAAGAAUCACAAGCAGUUUCAUUUAACUUAUUGCAAUUCGCUUUGGAAAUUAUAUCGGGCUGCUUCUUUUUAUUUCUGGAUUACGUUAUUGUAUCCGUUUUGUUAAUAAUACGGAAUAAUUCGGAGAUGUCGUUUGUUCAGGAGGGCGAACAUACGAUUCAAUUUCAGAUACAGGGUUCAGGAUUAAUAGCACGACUUUUAAGAAAAACAAUGGGUAAUUUUAAUAUGCACGAAACAGUUUCAACUUAUUUAACUAAUGAGGCAUGCUUGCCCAGUCCAACGACUUUGCCAACAAGUUUUUAUUUAAAACUAGCUGGUUUAUAUACAAUUGUAUUGCUACUAAUUUAUCAGAGUAGCCGAUUUUUGCGUAUGCGUCGAAUAAUUUGUGGUUAUUUUUAUCGAAAGCAUGAAAAGAAAAGAAUAUUGUAUCUGUACAAUUGUUUACUUAAACAAAGACGGACCCUAAGGGAGACUAUAAAAGGGGAGGCCAAAUCGAAUUUCGCAAAUCGACAAAUACGUUUAAAAGCAAAUUUAUUCUUGGUUUUGCGGCUAAGUUGGCCUCGUUACUUCAAUUGGUUGAUUAAAUUUCAUAUUGGUCGUCGAAAAUGCGUUAUAUGUGGCGAAUUGGAAGAUUCAAAAUUCGUCUUUUGUAGAAAUGCAGCAUGUAAAGUUUCCUACUGCAAUGAUUGUUUUGAUGAUAUUGGAAAUGCCUGCUGGAUUUGUAACGAUAUCUUGUCAGUAGAAAUAAUAUUAAAUUUUAAUGAUUUUUUUGAACAAUUCUCAUUUGUGUAA